AUGGAGUGUCUAGCCGCGGUGUCGCAACUCUGCUCCGCCAGAAAGAAGCAGACGAGGCUCUACAUCAUCCGGCACGGUGAAACCGUCUGGAAUGCAGAGCGCCGCAUUCAGGGGCAGCUUGACAUCGACCUCAAUGAAGUGGGCAAGGUCCAAGCCGAGAAUACUGCGGAUGCCUUGAGUCGGCUGGGGGUGCUCGGCCGCGCAGCGGCGGUCGUCAGUUCAGAUCUCCUCCGAGCCUCCAGGACGGCCGACAUUAUCGCGGCUGCCAGUCCCCGGAAGCUGCACCGAGCGAUGGAUGCAGGCUUCCGGGAGAUCAACUUCGGCAAGCUUCAGGGAUCGAGCUCGGACUGCCCUGACAGCAAAGCGCUCCAGACGGCGAACAUAAAUGCCUGGCUGGAAGGCGACCUCUCCAAGGGCUACCCUGAGGGCGAGGACGGCUGUUCGCUGAUGUCGCGCUCACUUUCGGCACUUCGCAAUGCUGCGAAGCUCGGCGAGGUUGUUAUCGUUGUGGCCCACGGCGGCAUGAUUCGCUGGACCGCGGCUCAGAUCGAAAGCGGCGAGGCGCCGCUCCGGAAGGGUGUGCCUUUCUCCGACUAUGCGGCCACGUUGGUGAAGCAGCCGGUGGUGAACUGCUGUUGCUCCACCGUGAUCUACGACCACGACUCCGACAGCUUCCACCCGGAAGCCUGGUUUGCGGACCUCCAAUCCGUGUCCCAGGUGAACACCGUGAAGGCAAAGGAUGACUCUGGCUGA